CUGCGCCCUCUCCUAUAAAGCAGACGCCGCGCCGCGCCGCGCUGCGACGCUGUAGUGGCUUCGUCUUCUGCUUUUCUCUUCCUCCGCUAACGCCUCCCGGCUCUCGUCAGCCUCACGCCGGUCGUCUCCUUAACACCGAACACCGUGAGUAGCCGCCCACCGAACUGGAAAGGGUCGUGGCUACCGGAUUGCGUGCCGGCUGACCUCACCGCUGCGGUUUGGGCCUGCCCGCGGCGGGCGGUGACUGGGCCUGGCCUUCUUUCGGGCCCGGUGGAUCGCGUUGUCGACCCCGUUCUUCGGGAGACACUACCAGAUGCCUUCAAUUAAGUUGCAGAGUUCUGAUGGAGAGAUAUUUGAAGUUGAUGUGGAAAUUGCCAAACAAUCUGUGACUAUUAAGACCAUGUUGGAAGAUUUGGGAAUGGAUGAUGAAGGAGAUGAUGACCCAGUUCCUCUACCAAAUGUGAAUGCAGCAAUAUUAAAAAAGGUCAUUCAGUGGUGCACCCACCACAAGGAUGACCCUCCUCCUCCUGAAGAUGAUGAGAACAAAGAAAAGCGAACAGAUGAUAUCCCUGUUUGGGACCAAGAAUUCCUGAAAGUUGACCAAGGAACACUUUUUGAACUCAUUCUGGCUGCAAACUACUUAGACAUCAAAGGUUUGCUUGAUGUUACAUGCAAGACUGUUGCCAAUAUGAUCAAGGGGAAAACUCCUGAGGAGAUUCGCAAGACCUUCAAUAUCAAAAAUGACUUUACUGAAGAGGAGGAAGCCCAGGUACGCAAAGAGAACCAGUGGUGUGAAGAGAAGUGAAAUGUUGUGCCUGACACAGUAACACUGUAAGGAUUGUUCCAAAUACUAGUUGCACUGCUCUGUUUAUAAUUGUUAAUAUUAGACAAACAGUAGGCAAAUGCAGCAGCAAGUCAAUUGUAUUAGCAGAAUAUUGUCCUCAUUGCAUGUGUAGUUUGAGCACAGAUCCCAAACCUUAUGGCCAAGUUUCUUCUAGUAUGAUGGAAAGUUUCUUUUUUCUUUGCUCUGAAUAAAACUGAACUGUGGGUUCUCUAUAA